GGUAUAUUUUAGCGAUAAAUCCACGGUCACACUGCUGCCCAAUCAUUAUUGCUCGUCAUUGAACUGAAUUUUUUUCACAAAUUAAGUAAUUUUAUCACAAUAUAUAUCCCCUCUCGAGAAGCUCCCGCAUCAUGUUUGGCAGACAGAGUGGACUUGGCAGUUCCAGCAACAGCAGCAAUUUGGUGGAGUUUCGUGCCGGACGCAUGAACAUGGUGGGCAAAAUGGUACACCCCGAUUCACGCAAGGGUUCGGUGUACAUGACCCAAUCCGACGACGGAUUGAUGCACUUCUGCUGGAAGGAUCGCACCUCCGGCAAGGUCGAGGAUGAUUUGAUUGUCUUUCCCGAUGACUUUGAGUACAAGCGCGUAGAGCAGUGCAAAACCGGACGCGUUUAUGUGCUCAAGUUCAAGUCUUCGACGCGCCGCAUGUUCUUCUGGAUGCAAGAGCCGAAGACCGACAAGGACGAGGAGCACUGCCGUCGUAUUAACGAGCUGCUUAAUAAUCCUCCCUCUGCCCAUCAGCGUGGCGGCGGAGGAGGCAGCAAUGACGGCGAUCUGCAGUACAUGCUGAACAACAUGUCGCAGCAGCAGCUGAUGCAGCUCUUUGGCGGUGUGGGCCAAAUGGGAGGGCUGAGCUCUCUGCUGGGCCAAAUGAACUCACGUACACCGUCUUCCCGUAACACCUCAUCGUCGGGAGGCGCCUCGGCGCUGCAAACGCCCGAGAACAUCACUGUGCCCCGCACUCCCACCGCACCCAAGGGCUCCAAGUCGGGCAGCAGCCGUAGCAAUCUGAAUUCGCAGAGCGAGACCGCUGGCAGUGCCAGCUCGUCACUAGAUGCCGAUGCCUCCGGGCGUUCUUUGAACAUCGACCUAUCGACGGCCCUCUCGGGCGCGGAGGCCAUCAAUCAGCUUAUUGCCGAUCCGGAGCGCGUUAAGUCGCUGAUUGUGCACCUGCCCGAGUCGGAGGAUGCGGAUGAAGAUCGCAAGCAGCAGAUUAAGGAUCACAUUACAUCCCCACAGUUCCAGCAGGCCCUAGCCCAGUUCUCCAAUGCCCUGCAAUCGGCCCAGCUAGGUCCGGUGGUGAAGCAGUUCGAGCUCUCCAACGAUGCAGUGGCAGCCGCCUAUUCCGGCAACCUGGAGGACUUUGUGAAUGCCCUGGAGAAGAGCCUGCCCGCUGGAACCACCAUGGGUGGGGAGAAGGAUGCGACCGAGAAGAAAGCCGAGCCCGAGGCCACUAAGGAGGAGAACGCCAAGGCCAAAACCGACGAGAAGCCGGAUGAGAAACAGAAAUAGCAUUCACUUGUGUAGCAAAGCACUAAUCCACGCAAGAAAAUCAAACGCGUUUAAAACCAAUAGUUUUUUUGCACAUUUUUAAUAGUAUUUUCGUUGUGAAUAAAUUGGCAUGGCAAGAAGCUAACUAUCA